UGUGCAAGAUGUCGCUUGUCGCGGACUAUGGGUCCGACUCCGACAGCGAUGGGCUGGUCGAGACCGAGGCAAGCGUAGCUUCGUCGAGCAAGUCUGUCGUCAAGGCAAAAUGUUGCCCGGGACCUCCAAUUAAAGACGUUCUCGAACCCCCUGCGACGACACCUAUCCAAACGCAUAGUGGACCACCCAAGAAGAAGGCGAAGAAAACGCUGCAUUUGCCUCCUGAGAUCCAAAAGUUGCUUGAACGAGGCCGCGCCUUGAACAGUGAUGAUGAAUCUGAUACGGACACAAAAAAUCCUGCUCCCGUGCGAAAACAACCCGUUUCAAAGCCUCCUGCGGGCGACACACUGUUGAGUUUUCUGCCGCCUCCAAGACUUGCUCUGCCUGUACGCCAAUCGCCUCAACACAGAGACGCACAUGCGCCUGUUUCGAAACACGUCCCCGCACCACCGGCACCAGCGAUCGCAGACGUCUCCCAAGUGUACGACCCCGACUACGUGUCCACUUAUAGUUUCGACGACGAGCAUGCAGCUGAAGAUUACGGACGCGGUACGAAACGCCGCCGGAACAACGACCGGGAGCUCGAGCGACUCCUUCAACAAGGCAAGUUCGACGCAGUGGCAGGCAAGAUUACAGAAGUCAAGGCUGUAGCUCCGGACUCGUGGCAGCCACCCAUUGACGGACGGGGUUAUGCCCACGACAGAGAGGCCCAAGUCCUUGCAAGCAUGGCCGGGACAGAAACAGAAGGCGGCUACGUCAUUUCGUCGUACAAGCCGACACGGUUGCAGCGCCAGCGCCAUCAACUCAACCAGCUCACAUUCGAUGCCAAGUUGCGCGAGUUCGAUCUCAUGGACAGCAAGGCGCAAUCGGUCAAAUCGAAGCGAGAGACACAAGCAAAGUAUGGGUGGUAAACAGGACCGUCUCCAGCGUAAACACCUAUCUCUACACGUGACCUUUUCCAUGGCCAUUCUUUGGGUUUCUGGACACUGUGCAGCACGUCAAGCAUUGCAAAAACG